GGUAUUGUGAGCGGUAAGCAGUGCUGCCAGUGUGGGAGAGAUGACACAGUCUAUAGUUGUACAAGUUGGGCAGUGUGGAAAUCAGAUUGGGUGCAGGUUCUGGGACCUUGCAUUGAGAGAACAUGCUUCCGUCAACAAGAAAAGGAAUUUACGAUGAAGCUCUGUGCAGCUUUUUUAGAAAUGUUGAUACAAGAGCUGAAGCUGUCAAACCAGAUGUUCAGAGAGGGAAGAUUUGCUCACUUAAAGCACGGGCUGUCUUGAUAGAUAUGGAAGAAGGUGUUGUAAACGAGAUAUUACAAGGGCCUCUUUGA